AUGAACCAACCUUCAUUCUUUUUGCACUCAACUGUACUGACCAGACUUGGAUUCCAACUCAAGAAAACAUCAGAUGUCUCAGGCUUCAGCGUAACUAUUAUUCAACUGUGCCAGUUUGUCCAAGUUCAAAUUCAGGUCCCGAAUGAGGCAGAGGCUGGAGAACUGCUAGCAGCCAAUACCAAGACCACUUCAAAACCUAAGAGAAAAAGGUUUACCAAGAAUGCUAUGCUCCCUUUGCAUCGCGUUGAGCUCACUGUUCCUUCUGCCAGAAGUGGAAUGGGUCGUUUUUCGUCAAGACGACCCUCCAAACCCUUGGUCUUUGCUACCAACUUGGCCAUUCUGGGGCACCCUGCCCUUGUCCUCAAGCUGGCCCAAAGAACUUCAUUAUCUUUGAUAGCUCUGGCCCUCAACAUCUCGCAAUCGACUGCUGUCAAUGUGGUGACGAACCCGUAUCAAAUUGGGCCCAGCUACUACAUGAACGAUGGUUUCCCGCCACGCUUUCAUGCCCGCAAUUACUCACUUUACAAGGAAAGACAAACUUGUACGACUAUUACCACACCCUUCUUUGACUGUCCGACAACGCAAACUUGUCGACAUCCAUUAGUUUUCAGAAUGUGGAGGAACCUAAUGUCCCUCAAACGAGCAGGUCGCGGGCAUGAUCCUCAAGGCAUUGCUGGGACCUCUCAAGGGGAGUUGAUGGCAAUUCCUGGAAUUCCGGAGGAAUCAAAUUUGGCAGAGGGCCCUGCCAAAUUGAUCAAACCAUUCCGGCGGAAUUUUGAUGGAAUUCAAAUUCCGCCAGAAUGGUUCCAGGAAUCACCCGGAAGGAAUGAUCCCGGAAUGAGACGGAACGGAAUUCCUGACGCCCAAAUCGAGUGUCGGCGUUUGCCGAUGCUUGAUUUGGGCGUCAUCAACAAACAACUCCCACUCUCUCAACCACCACCAUCAUCCACAACGCCAACCCACCUCGCAACACCGCCACGUCACCAACGGCCACCACGACGCACACAACGACGACACGACGAACGACGACUUGCGACGUUCGUCGUCAUAGGCACACGACGAGGGACAACCACGUCAACGCACGACCAUGACCACCACGCCCACAGACGACGACACGCCUCACCACGUCAACGGAGGGCCACGCCAACAAACGACACGCCCACGACGACACCACCACCACGUCAACGGGUGACGACCGCAUCAACGGACGCCCACGUCAACAGACGACGACGACGUCAACAGACGACGAGCACGUUAGUGGACGACGAGCGACCACCGCCACGUCAACGGACCACCGCCACGUCAACAGACGACAACGACGAAGCCAACAGACGACGACAACGCCAACGGACGACAACGCCAACGGCCGACGACGACAAUGCCGCCAACAGACGACAACGCCAACAGAUGACGUCGACGAUGCCAAUGGACGGCCACGUCAACGACGACGAGCGUGUCCCGCUCCACCACGUACACAUGGCGACAAGUGUUGUCCCUCCCCCUUUUCUUUCCCUGUCCCUACUCCCUUCCUUUUCCCUAUCACCCUUCCCCCUUCCCUUCCCUGUCCCUACACCCUUCCCCCUUCCUUUUCCCUGUCCCUACACCCUUCCCCCUACCUUUUCCCUCCCCCUUCCCUGCCCAUCCCUUCCUUCCUCCACCCCCAUUUAUUUCUGCCCCCCUCCUCCCCCCCUUCCUUUAACUUAG